CCCUAGGAAACCGUGAUGACGGAACUUCUCCCUCUUCGUCUUCCUGCGCUCGGACCCGGCGGCAGGUAACGGUAAAAGAGGGGAAAUCAGAAUCUUCUCCAUCACUCUACUGCUUCUUUUUCCCAACUGUGAAGAGUAAACCAGAGAAGUGAGGGUUUGGAAAAUGGGCGUCGGAGGCAAAUUCUGGGACUUGCUAAAGCCCUACGCCAGGCACGAAGACCCUGAUUUCCUGAGGGACAAACGGGUCGCUGUCGAUCUUUCUUACUGGAUCGUCCAAAACGAGACCGCCAUCAAGACCUACGUCCUCAACCCUCACCUCCGCCUUACUUUCUUCCGGACCCUCAACCUCUUCUCCAAGUUCGGCGCUUUCCCGGUGUUUGUUGCCGAUGGGACUCCUUCGCCGUUGAAGUCUCAGGCGAGGAUAGCCCGAUUCUUCAGAUGCUCGGGAGUUGAUGCUGCCCGUUGGCCGGUGGCUGAAGAAGGUGUCUCCGUGGAGAGAAACGGGGCGUUUUUGAAGUGUGUUCGGGAGUGCAUUGAAUUGCUUGAACUCUUUGGGAUGCCGGUUCUUCGAGCCAAGGGCGAGGCUGAAGCGUUGUGUGCCCAGCUGAAUCGGGAGGGUCAUGUAGAUGCCUGUAUCACUGCUGAUAGUGAUGCUUUCCUCUUUGGUGCUCAGUGCGUGAUUAAAUCCAUCAAACCCAAUUCUAAAGAGCCAUUUGAGUGUUAUCGUAUGUCAGAUAUUGAAGCUGGUCUUGGGUUAAAGAGGGAACAUUUAAUAGCCAUUUCUCUCUUGGUUGGAAAUGACCACGAUCUUAGAGGAGUUCAAGGGAUUGGAAUUGAUAAUGCUCUUCGGUUUGUUCAAAGUUUUGGUGAAGAAGAGAUAUUAGAUAAAUUGCAUGAUAUUGGCCGUGGGAAGGCUCCUUUUCCUCAGGGGGGUCCGAAAGUCGUAGGCAGUCCCAUGCUUCUUGCAGAUGACAGCUCACCAAAGUUGAGACCUGCUCACUGCUCAGUUUGUGGCCAUCCUGGCAGCAAGAGAGCACAUUCAAAGUCAUCUUGUCAGGAUUGUCAUCCCAGUGGCGGGGAUGGCUGCACGAAAAAGCUGAAUGGAUUUAGGUGCAAAUGCACUAGCUGUGAUAGAGAUAGAGAGGCAAAGCAGCUGAAAAGGCAUGAAAACUGGCACAUGAAAGUAUGUGAGAAGAUUGCCAGGGAGCAGAAUUUCCCAAAUGUUGAAAUAAUUGAGAUGUAUUUGUGCAAUGAUAACGAUGGUGGUUCCUGUAUUUCAUGGCAGCAGCCUGAAACUGACAUGUUGGUUGACCUUUUGGUGUUUCGACAGCAUUGGGAACCCUCUUAUAUCAGACAGAGGUUGCUUCCUAUGCUGUCCACCAUCUACCUGAGAGAAAUGGCACAACAGACAGAGAAGAAUUCUUUGCUGAAUGGGCAAUAUGAAUUUGAUUCAAUUCAGCGCAUAAAGAUCAGGUACGGACACAAAGCUUUGGUUGUGAAGUGGAAGAGAGGAGGAACCUCAAUUGGCAGUGACCGCAAUUUGAGUCUUAUUGAUGAUAAAGACCAAAACAAGAUUGUGGAGAUUGUUGAUGAGAGUUCUGAUGGCUCGGAAGAAUGGGAAGAAACUGGGGUUCAUGUUGAUAAUGAGGGUCAGUUUGUCCUAACAGAUGAACAUAUGGAACUUGUCCGUGGUGCAUUUCCCGACGAAGUUAGUAAAUUCUUAUUGGAAAAGGAACUUAAAGAAUCCAAGAGAAAGCGUUCUAGAACAGGAGGAUCCGGUAAUAAGUCAGAAAACCUGAAGUCGAGAGGUGUCCAACUUUCUAUUACUGAAUUUUAUCGGUCCAGCAAAAUGCAAGUUUCUGCUAAUCAAGGAACCGCAGCCAAUCGUUCUGAAAGUCAUGACAAUGAAAUCAAGAACACCUCCACAUCACCUCUUCCAAAGUCAGUUAGACGCCGCCUUCUGUUUAAGUAGGAUAUGAAAAGGUGUAAUGUAAAGCUGCUGUCAACUUUUACUCUCAGAAUGACAUUUCUGGAUGUAGAUAAGCUGAGCAUUAACAUUUCAUCUGACUCUAGAGUAGCUUAAGGGGCUUUUUGUGAGCAGUGGAGUAGAGUAGCCUCCUCUGUGGUGUAAAGUGUAGUUGGUCCUUUUGUAAUUUAUAAAUACCUCAAAGUUUGAUCUACUAGUGCAAGUUAAAGCCAUAUACUCAAUCACUACAUGCCUUUCCUUUGCAAUGGGCAGUAUCUUUCUCCUUCAGUGCUUCAACAGUGAAUAACAGAUGAUUAGCUCAUCAGAACUUGACACUGCUUCUUCACAAUGUACCGGCAGAGAUCUAGAUAUUGUAGCAAGGUAAUAGCUUUCCUGUGCCCUUACAAGUUUUGAAAGAAACGGAUCAUGUGUAACUAACAAGACAACAUUUACCUAAUGUUUUUUACAGGCUGUCUCUGGUGUGCUAUUCUACAGUCAAGGAAAAUGAAGUACAAGUUGGAAUGGGGUUACUUUGAACAGAUAUUGAGAUUCGGUGCCAUUGCCUCUCGGAUUAGAAAUCAUCAGUAAUCUUAUGUAAACCAAUCCCAUCUGAUUCCUGAUUUUCCAUGUGUCGGUGUCUGACUAUGAAGGCUGGUCAUAGCAAAGUAGUACCUCUGCUUCAAGUGUAAACAAUGCUGAAUUCUAGCCAGUUAUGUUUGGUAAGUAUAAGCGCUAACUAUGGUACACUGUCAAAUAUUCUUGUGUGGAUGACCUGGUCUCUUUCCAGUCUGCUUUUUAUGGCAGUCAUGUUUAAGACUUUGAAUGUUAAUUAUGCUUUGACUUUGACUCUGUUAAUUUAGGUCUUACACGAAGUACUUAUUAAGAUGGAGUUGUUGAAUAGCUUACUCUAAGACCAAAAGUGCUAGACUUGAUAAAAAAAACUGUGUGAA